AUGCAGCUGAGCAAUAAUGUGACUGAGUUCAUUCUACUUGGGUUGACACAAGAUCCUGUUAGGAAGAAAAUAGUUUUCAUCAUUUUUUUGGUUUUCUAUGUGGGGACACUGAUGGGUAACUUGCUGAUUAUCACCACCAUCAAGACCAAUCGGGCACUUGGGAGUCCAAUGUACUUCUUCCUUUUCUACUUAUCCCUAUCAGACACCUGCUUCUCCACUUCCAUCGCCCCUAGAACGAUUAUGGACACCCUUGUAGAGCAGGCCACUAUUACUUUCAGUGAGUGCAUGAUCCAAGUCUUCUCCUUCCAUUUCUUUGGCUGCCUGGAGGUUUUAAUCCUGAUCCUCAUGGCUGUGGACCGCUAUGUGGCCAUCUGUAAGCCUCUGCACUACACGACCAUUGUGAACCGCAGGAUCUGUGCAGUGUUUGUGGCCGUGGCCUGGGUGGGAUCCGGUGUGCAUUCUUCAGUUCAGAUUUUUCUGGCCUUGAGUCUGCCUUAUUGUGGUCCCAAUAUGAUCGAUCAUUAUUUCUGUGACCUGGAGCCCCUAUUGGAACUUGCCUGUGCAGACACUUACGUGGUCAACCUGCUCCUGGUGUCCAAUAGUGGGGCCAUUUGUACAGUAGGCUUUGUCUUGCUGAUGUUCAACUAUGUUGUCAUUUUGCAUUCUCUCAGAAACCACAGUGCUGAAGGGAGGAGAAAAGCCCUCUCCACCUGCAUGUCCCACAUCAUUGUGGUCAUCUUGUUCUUUGUACCUUGCAUAUUUAUUUAUACACGUCCUGCCACCACCUUCCCCAUGGAUAAGAUGAUAGCUGUGUUUUACACGAUUGGAACACCUUUGCUCAACCCUCUGAUUUACACACUGAGGAAUGCAGAAGUGAAAAAUGCCAUGAGCAAGUUGUGGAGCAAGAAACUGAUCUCAGUUGAUGUCAGAUGA